GGAUACUCUUUGAGCGUCUUUUUGAGUAUCCCGGGCUUUGGUGUGGUAGUUUGGUGCCUUACCUAGAAUCAGCAUUCAUAAAAAAAUAUAUCUGAUGCCAUGUUGCACAUUAUCGACCGAACAGAGACGUUUUAAAAAAUCUUACAUCAGUAUUCAUCUUUUAUGUCAAAACCAAGAGUAAUCAAAGAAUUAUCCACACCGACGGGUUCAACGAUUGCUCGUCAACCCCUUGGGGGAUGUGAAUAUCCCUUCCAAAGGGCUGACUUUGGAACAAAAGGUAUUGUAUAUCCACAUCAAACAGUUCCGACAAAGAGCAGCAAUAUAAAUCAAACCCCAGUAUGGAUUUCAACCACUUCUCGUCCUGGAGUGAGUGGCUUCAACGCAAUGUCUCUAAGAGGGCGGCGUACUCUUUCCCCACCCCAACCCCCACCUCUACCUCCUCCACCACCUAGUCCGCAACUUGUGCCUUUAAAAGCUCGUUUAGCAAGAUCAAAAUCAACUGCUACAAGACCAGUAACUACUCGCCCGGAUUAUUGCCAAAGGCUUCGUAAAGCUAGUGAUGGUGGAGCUCCUACACGCCUUACAAAUUCAAGUUCAGUUCUUACAAGAUCUACCUCAGAAUUACGAUCAAGGAUUGAAGUUAAAAAUGAACCUUCAGAAAGUCAUACAGGGAGUGUGGAAUCAAGUGAGGAAAAACCAAGUGUAUCGACAGUUAACCCGAGUGCUUUCCUUCCUAUUGCUCAUCCUACCGAACGUAGUCCUGUUUAUGUCUGCCUUGCCAAUGUUGCCUUUUUAAGUUUAUCACUAUUGGUUACUAGUAUAUUUUCUAUUAUCUUUCUACCAUUUUGCCUGAUUGCUUGCCUUGUAAGACGUACUGGCAUCUGGAUUGCUAAUGUCUUCCAAUAUACCACAUGUUGUAAAUGCGGAGGAUUUCUUAUUUCUAAUAAUACAAAUCCUAUAAUUGAAUCAAUAAUAUCACGUUUGUCAGUCAGCUUGAAUUCUAAUCAAAGAUGUCAUUGUUUUACUGAUAAACAAUUAGAAAAUCGUUAUAGCAACUCAUUGAAAGCUCUUUCAUCUGCUGAACUUCGAUGGCUUCCAGCUCUUGAAUAUAAAUAUGAACUUGAUUGGAAUGGAACUAACUUUACUACUUUGUAUUGUUCAGGCCAUUCACCUACAGUGGUUAUAUGCUUGAGAUUUGGUGCACCGGGAUUAAAAUUAGCGCGCUUGCGUGAGUUGAUCAGUAACCGUUUACUCUCUCGGACUUCUGAUUGUUCAUCAUUUGCUUCAUCUCCAAGGGGUUCUUGUUUAACAGACAAAGGAUGUUCAGAUACUAGCAGAAGACGCUGUGAAAGCUCAUAUAUCCCACCUUCGGAUGCUAGAUCACGCUUGACGCAAUGUCUAACAUAUCUAUCAACUGGGUAUGCAUGGAGAGAAUGUAUGGCAUUUCAACUUGAAGAACAUGUAGUCCGAUUGUCUUCGAUUCAGACAAAAUCAGAAACUAAUUCAUCACGACCAUAUGGAUCAAAGUGGGAAGAUAAGCACUCGGCAAACCCCAAGAUGAUUAACUUGGAGGUGCUUCUUAAUGAACUGAGUAGUCUACCUUUAAGACUUGAUCGGCCACUUUGGAAGGCUCAUUUAUUGGAACACUUCUAUGAGAAUGAUUGUGAUGAAACAACAGAACCGUCAGAUAUUGAAAGUGAUGCUGAUUCUGAUGAAUCUAAUACAUGCAAAACAUCACAUUCUAGUCGUAAACCUAUGAAUAAUAAUACAGAAAAAUUGAAUAAAACAAAAAAGUGUUCAAUAAAUAAUUAUAAUCAAACAUAUACUACUACUAAUAAUAAUAGUAAGAGAAAUUUAAAUUCAUUUGUAUGUCGACGUUCUGGUUCAUCAGGUGUUGGAAGUUUAUUAAUUUUUCAAUUUCAUGCUGCUUUAUCAGAUGAUGGUAAAGCAUUAGUUCAUAUGGUCACAAAUUGUUUAGCUGAUUUACCCAGUCGUACACAAACACCACAACAUUCACCAAAUAAACAAACACCAAUUCAUACAGCAUCAUCUAUAAACGAUCAACUUAAUGAAACAACCACAAAUCAAUCAACAUCAGGAGCAAUUACUGCCACAUUUUCAUCGCCAUCGUCAUCCUUAUGUGAAAAUGGAAGAAAAUGGAGAGGACAAAAUGCCAUCAGUGGGAAUUAUAGUGAUACAAAUGAGAAUAAUACUAAUACUGGUAAUAAUAACAAUAAUAUACAAAGUGAUGCAUCUCUAUCCAAUAAAAAUACGUCCAAAUGGUCUACUACAAUGAAAUCAUCUCGUAAUUCUACUUCAUCAUAUAACUCAACAUUUUAUCAUUCAUGUGGUUUAUCUAAAACCACACUAAUAAAUGAACAACAGUCUCAAUUAAAUAGUUUAAAUAUAUCAAAUAACAAUAAAUAUCAACUUAAUUCAUUUACAAAAUUCAAUUCAAAUCAAAUACAAUUAAAACCUAAUCAGAAUGAACGAUUAUCUAAUAGUGUAUUAUCAAAUUCUUCUAUCACAACAACAACAACGACUAGCACAUCUACCGCGAAUUCAUUGUUAGACGAUGAAGAUUCAGAGGAAUCAGAAGCUGCACAAUGGUGGUAUACAUUUUGGGCAAGUUCAUUGGCUACAAUAGCUACUAUUUUUGAUAUAUUAAGAGUAUUGAUUACUGGACCAACUAUCAUUUUUCAUAAAUAUUUUAUUACUAAUGCUGAUAUGGGUUUAAUUACAAAACAUCAAAAUGUUAAGCAAUCUAAAUUAAUAAAUAAUAAAAAUAAUCAAAUUAAUAAUAAUAAUCGUAACGAAGAUAUCAAAACUGUUCACAAAUGUGCCUUAUUAUCAUUAGCAAAAUUAAGCCGUCUACGUCAAAUUACUAAAGCUUCUUAUUCAGAAUUAAUUUUAAGUUUAUUAGCUGGAGCAUUACGUGGUUAUCAUCAGACAAUGGGAUUUAAACACCCUCCUGAUUUGUUAGCAUUUUUAUCAACUGAAGUACCUGUUUUACCAAAUUGUCAUUUGAGUACUUCAUCAGUAUCUGUUUCCAAUUGUAACAACAACGAAGAUCCACCAUGUACAACUUUAUCACGUGUUUUAAAUAUAACUCAAAGGGUUAGAACAAGUAAUAAUCUUGAUUUUCAGAAUAUUUCUCCGUGUCGUCAACAACAACGAAUACAUCAUGAUAAUAAUGCAGUGGAAACUGGUUUACUAGGAAAUACAAAUCGAAUGGUACCUUUAGGUUCACCAACGACCACCUCCAUAACCACAACAAAUUCAACACGAAAUUUAUGCCCAGGUAGAAAUGUAUUAACUGAACUUUGUUUACCAAUUAAUACAGAAGGUAUGUUACCUAGAUUAUGGGAGACUAAACAACGUCUAACAGAAGUGAAUACAUCAGUUGAUUCCUUAUGUUUAGCAUGGGCGCGUACAGCAUUGUAUACUUUAAUGCCACAUUCUGUGGCAAAAUGGAUUGAAACAACAUAUGGUGGACCAGCGAAAGCCAGUGUAACUAUAACUGGUGUUGAAGUAAUAUCACCAUUUACUACUUCAACAACUGCCACUAAUACAACUACUUCAUAUUCGUCAAAAAUUACAGAUUCUAAUUAUUCUUAUCAAAUGCCUAAAUCAAGACGACUAGCAUAUAUGUCUUUAUUAGCUAACAAAUCUUCGGAUGCUCGUAUACUACGUCAAAGAUUGAGAAGACGACUUCCACGAAGAACAACAACAGCAACAUCAUUAGUUUAUCCACCUCGUUUAGGAACAAGUUUCCGUGCAUUGGCUCGUCAUUUAGUGAAUGCUAAUGCUGGAAUUAUGUAUAUAGCUGGUUGUCCUAUUAUUCGUAUUGAUACUUGGAUGCCUUCACCAGUGAAUAGACCAUCAGAAUUUAUUGCAAACUAUCAAUCACCUGAAUUAAGUAAUAGGAUUAAUAAAUCUGCUUCAAAUGAAACCAUUGUACAUAUUUGUCGUGAUUUAUGUGUCACGUUUACAACAUAUGCUGGACAAUUAUCUUUGACAUUUUCCGCAAGUUCAAAACAAUCUAUUCAUCCAAAUUUGGAUUUAAUCAUAUCAGGUAUUAAAUCACAGCUUAAUAAAAUGUGUCAUCUGCUUUCUGGACGUCAUGUACCUAGUAUGACAAGUCGUUGGCUACGUCAUAGUUCAAAUGUUGAGUCGUCCGUAUCUGCACUGUCUGCAAUCAGUAUGAGUCCAUCAUUAAAUCCAAGUCUAGUGUUGCAUAAUGAAAUAUCAUCGAUAAAUGAAAAAGCAAACCUUACUACCACUACUUCUUCUUUUUCUUCAAUAGUUAAAAUGUCGACUGAUAAUUCACCUACUAAUCUAACGGAUGAACUAAACUCUUCCAUGGAAGACAUUUCAUCGUGUAAACAAUUAACUUCAGAAUACAUGUCAUAUAAUUCUAGUGUUUGUCAGUUUACAGAAUCUAAUGGUAAGAUUAAUAAAGCGCAGUCUCUGUCGUGUUCAUCAGAUGGAAGUAAAUCAAUUCCACCUUAUCAAGCUGGUCAACCUAUUAAACAGCUUCAGGAGCAACUUCGAUGGGUUCAAAGACAACUAGAGGAAUCUUCCAACGUUAAAAAUAUGGUCGGGUCUCCAACAACAAACAGCUUGAGAUUGGCAAAAUUACGCAGUGAAUUCUGUAUUCUACUUAGACAAUUGAAACAACGAUGUAGUCAAGGUGAACUAGGGAUCGAUUCUUCCCUAAGUGACUUGAACAAUGAAUUUCAAGAUAUAUCUUGUGAGUCCAAAUUAAAUUGUGCUUCAAUAUCAAGAUCAGGAAACUCAUCGCCACAAAAAUCCGCACAGACAACAUCAGGCUAUCCUUGUCUUAGCGGUCAGUUCAAUGUAAAUCCAUUUAAAAUGGAACAAAAUUCCACAGUCAAACGUUCACUGACUACUGGAGACUUUGAUGAAGUAAGUUAGAUGGUAUAAAUCAAAUGGAAGUUUAUUUGCAGACGAUUUAAAUGAAUAUUUUCACUAGGAUUUUUGAGAAAUAAUACGGCUUUAUACUUUGGAUAUAUAGGUUGAAAACUAGAAUGACCGUAAUCCCUGUAACCGAUAUCUUAUGGAUAUCAUAGGUACUAUCAUUACUAGGGAGCAUAUAACUAGCCAAAUCCAUUCAUAACCAUAAGCAAUACAGAAGGUACAAGAUAUAACCUGGUGUGAAUCGUCCAUAGAAUGGCCUAUCUUUGAAUGCGAACCUGUAGAGGCUAAUCUAUUUAAAAGCAAAUUAAUACCAUAGUACUGAAUGAAAUGCUAUACAAAUAAAAUGUAGUUCGUGCUAACUUGUGUCUAUGUGCGUCAAUGAACUAAUUAAAGCGUUUCCUUUAUCUUCAAGUUUGCCAACGUCUGUGAAUAAGAUUGAUAAAUGGACCUUUCAAUGGUAGUCUGGCUGAGUAUAUCGAGUUUAUGAGUAACCUUACAUCGCACUUAAUUCGACCCUAAAUUUCAGGAAGCGGAAAGACCUAAAUUCGAGGAUGAACAAAGUACAAACACUUCGCGAACGCAAGGUUCAAAACACCGAACAUGUCUUAUGGAAGAUUGCUAAAAUAGGCACUGAGUUUGUGAUGAAUAGUUCUUUAUUCAUUGAGACACCUAUCUUUUUUCCUUAAUAGUGUAUUAGUAUUGCGAGUAGCUUACAAAACAAUUCAGAAGUUAUAGGGUUACUAGGACUAAUCACCAGCUAAUAUAAUCUUUGUAAUUGUUUAACUUUUUAACAGGACCCAGACUUUUACAUUACAGGACAACCAGAAGUUGAUGAUUUUGAGGACAUCGACUCCAGUGAGUCAGAAUUCGCCUUGAAGGAAGCCUCGAAUGUGAUAUCUGACAACUUAUUUACAGCGACCCAUAACUCAAAUGUAAACGAAUCUAUGAAAGAUUACAAUGAUCUAGACGAUCCAUACAAGCAGAAUCCAGUUGGCGUUAAUGAAGGUGAAUUGCAUAAAAAGCGCAAACGCAAUCGAAAGAAUACAUUCACCUCUGGGCGACGUCGUCCCUCAAAAAUAGCCGCGGAAGUGAUUAGCGUAAACUUCAUGCCUAGUCGCCGUGGUUCGCUAAUGGCACACUCUGCCGUCCAAGGACACAAUAAAAGCAAAAGCUUACUAACUCAGUUCAUGAACACUGUAACCAAGGGUUCAACUCCCAAAAUGCCAAGAGAAUGAUGCUCAGUGGUCGACAGAUAUACGCACUUCAUAAGUCGUUAUUGAUUAAAGCGCCAUACUACAGAACAAAGAGGAUGCUUGGUAAAUACGCUAAUUUCUACACAGUACCCACUGUAUAUAAUGUUGUUCAAAAACAGAUUUUAUGAAUGUAUAGUAACGCAAUUCGAACGGAUAAAACAUACCCCUCCUACUAAAAACCCGAGCUUAAUUAGCAUUCAUUUAAGAAAUAAAUCAUUUAUACAAAA